AUGGGAGUGAAGAGCCUGGCAGUGGCUUGCGGGGCACUGGCCUUGUGCCUGGCACUCACCACAGCCACCAACCCCGGCUUCGUGGUGAGGAUCACCCAGGCAGGCUUGGACUACGUGAAUCAGCAGGGGAUGGCGAUCCUGGAGAAGGAGCUGGCCCAGUUGAAGCUGCCAGACAUCUCGGGUAAAUCAGGGAAAGUGCGCUAUGAGCUGUCCAGACUCCGUAUUCCCAAUUUCCGCUUCCCACACUCAAGGAUUACCCCAAUCUCCAACGUGGGCCUGCAGGUCUCCAUCUCCAACGCCUUUGCUGAGCUUGAUGGGGACUGGAGGGUGAAGAUGGCUUUUAUCCGGAGCAGCGGAUCUUUUAACCUGAAGGUGGAAGGUGUCUCCAUCAAACUCACCCUGAGUCUGGGCAGUGACACCACUGGGAAGCCCACCAUCAGCACCUCGGCCUGCAGUGCCAGCAUUUCCGAUGUCCGUGUGCGCUUUUCUGGGAAGCUGCGGUGGCUUUACAACCUGUUCCACAAGGCUAUUGAAUCCAGAUUGAAGAAGAGUUUUCAGAGCAAGGUCUGUGACAGUGUGGCCAAGUCUGUAAAAAACGUGUUCCAGAAGAAGGUCCAGACCCUGCCAGUCACAGCCAGAAUAGAUGACAACACUGGGAUCGAUUUCUCCUUGGUGGGACCCCCAAGAGCUACUGCCCAGUCCCUCGAUCUGGACCUGAAGGGUGAAUUCUACUCCCUGGCUCACCGUUCCACUGUCCCCUUCUCACCACUGCCACUGGCCUUCCCGUCGGAUCACGACCGCAUGGUUUACUUUGGAGCCUCCAGCUACUUCUUCAACACAGCUAGCAUUGCCUACCACAAGGCUGGGGCACUGGUCUUUGAGGUUACAGAUGCCAUGAUCCCAAAGGAUACAGUGUUCAGAUUGGAAACCUCUCUCCUCUCAGCCUUCAUUCCCCAGCUGGAGGAGAUGUACCCCAACAUGCCAAUGAAGUUCAGGCUGUCAGCUCCCACUGCUCCAUUCCUGACUAUUGGACCAGGAGGAAUCUCGUUCCAGCCCGUUGUGGAUGCCCAGGCUUAUGCCAUCCUUCCCAACUCCAGCCUGGCUCCUCUCUUCCUCCUCAGCCUGACAGGGAACGUGUCCGCUGUCAUCAACGUGAGAUCCGGCCGCAUCGUUGGGAGCCUGGAUGUGGGCAGGAUCAGGCUCUCUCUGAAGGACUCGGCUGUUGGCACUUUCCAGGUUGAAUCUCUGCAGUCCAUAAUGAAUGUCUUGACUUCCAGAGUCGUGCUCCCACGUCUCAAUGCCCGGUUAGAUGAGGGUUUGCGUCUCCCCAUGCCAAAUGGAAUUCAGCUCUCCAAUAUCCUUGUGAAGUUCCACCAGGAUUUCCUGCUUGUUGGAGCAGAUGUUCACGUCUAGCCCUGGGAUGAAGAUAAGGCGAUGAGAACUCUUCAGCACCUAAAUAUGCUGCAUUCUUGCCCUUCUCUGCCUCUGAUCCCAGCACCAAAGAUCACUGCUUCUGCCAGUGCCCUGCAACGCUGCCUUGGCCCAGACCCUCCAUCCUCCUCCUGGGGCCUCACCUGGCGCUACCAUGAGCUGGGGCU